AACGUCAUCCCCAAUAUUCGUUUCGUAUGCACAAACACUCACGUCUCGAGAAGAGAAUAUACUCUCACACUCGUCCCCUCCUCGUUUGUCCAGCUUUGCAUUUCCUCAUUAUAAAUCACAUCCUCCAUCUCCAAUCCUUAACAAGUGAGCAUCUCUUUCUCUCUAUCUCUGUGAGCUUUCUGUGAUUGUGUGCGCGAAGAUGGUGGUGUUCAAGGUUGCCCGCGUAGAGACCACGCCUAUAGAUGGCCAGAAGCCUGGAACCUCUGGUCUCCGCAAGAAGGUGAAAGUUUUCAUACAACCUAAUUACUUGGAAAAUUUUGUUCAGUCAACAUUCAAUGCCCUUACUCCAGAAAAAGUUAGAGGUGCUACACUUGUUGUAUCUGGUGAUGGCCGCUACUACUCAAAAGAUGCUAUUCAGAUCAUAAUUAAGAUGGCUGCAGCAAAUGGAGUAAGACGUGUUUGGGUUGGUCAAAAUGGAUUGCUUUCGACUCCUGCAGUAUCGGCUGUUAUACGUGACAGAGUUGGCGUGGAUGGAUCCAGGGCAUCGGGAGCAUUUAUAUUGACUGCAAGUCACAAUCCAGGUGGUCCUAAUGAGGAUUUUGGGAUUAAAUACAACAUGGAAAAUGGUGGACCUGCUCCAGAGGGAAUCACAGAUAAGAUCUAUGAGAACACAAAAACCAUAAAGGAAUACUUCAUUGCAGAAGAUCUACCUGAUGUGGAUAUCGCUACAACAGGUGUAACCAGCUUUGGGGGGCCUGAGGGACAAUUUGAUGUCGACGUUUUUGAUUCAGCAAGUGAUUAUGUGAAAUUGAUGAAGUCAAUUUUUGAUUUUGAGCUGAUCAGGAAGCUACUCUCAUCCCCGAAAUUCACAUUUUGUUAUGAUGCACUACAUGGAGUAGCAGGAGCUUAUGCAAAUCGUAUUUUUGUGGAAGAGCUUGGUGCACAAGAAAGCUCAUUACUGAACUGCACUCCCAAGGAAGAUUUUGGUGGGGGGCAUCCAGAUCCCAAUCUCACUUAUGCAAAGGAGUUGGUUGCUCGUAUGGGACUCGGAAAAUCAAACUCUCAAGACGAAGUCCCUGAAUUUGGUGCUGCUGCUGAUGGCGAUGCUGAUCGUAACAUGAUCCUUGGUAAAAGGUUUUUUGUUACUCCAUCAGAUUCUGUUGCCAUCAUUGCUGCGAAUGCUGUUCAAGCCAUACCCUACUUCUCUGCUGGUCUAAAGGGAGUUGCCAGGAGCAUGCCGACCUCAGCUGCCCUUGAUGUUGUUGCUAAACAUCUGAAUUUAAAAUUUUUUGAGGUUCCCACUGGCUGGAAAUUCUUUGGUAAUUUAAUGGAUGCUGGAUUAUGUUCAGUUUGUGGGGAAGAAAGUUUUGGAACUGGCUCAGACCAUAUACGUGAAAAGGAUGGGAUCUGGGCAGUUUUGGCUUGGCUAUCUAUAAUUGCUCAUAAAAAUAAGGAAAAUUUGGGUGGGGAAAAGCUUGUGACUGUUGAAGACAUAGUGCGCCAGCAUUGGGCUACUUAUGGUCGACACUAUUACACUCGAUAUGACUAUGAGAAUGUGGAUGCGGGUGCAGCCAAGGCGUUAAUGGCAUAUUUGGUCAAACGUCAAUCUUCUCUUUCUGAAGUUAAUGAAAUUGUGAAAGGAGUACGUUCAGAUGUCGCAAAAGUUGCCGAUGCUGAUGAAUUCGAAUACAAAGAUCCUGUUGAUGGCUCCAUCUCCAAGCACCAGGGUAUUCGAUAUCUGUUUGAGGACGGGUCACGAUUGGUUUUCCGCCUUUCAGGAACUGGCUCUGAAGGUGCAACCAUCCGUCUAUACAUUGAGCAGUAUGAGAAGGAUCCAUCAAAAAUUGGCCGAGAUUCUCAAGAUGCACUUGCUCCUCUUGUUGAGGUUGCUCUGAAGCUUUCCAAGAUGGAGGAAUUCACUGGCCGUACUGCCCCUACCGUUAUUACAUAGAUGCAAGCAGAGCCAUAGUAAGAUUGUAUGUUGUCUUGAUGCUGCGGUCGAAAUUUUAUCUGGAAUUUUGAUACUCCCACCCUUGACCGGUUGGACUUGUGUCUAUAUCAUUUUGUAGCCUUAUGGAUGGACAUGAGAGCAUAUUAUGGACUCAAAAGACAUGCCAAUCUCUCUCGUUUUUAAUCUUCAAAAUAAAUGAGUAUCUAUUACUCUGCCCCUA